UGUGGGAGGUUGAACGAGUGAGUGGGAGGGCCGUUGGUGAGGAAUAAAGGAUCUUUGGUACUCGCUGCCUAGAAGCUCUCUCGGCGAAGUCAAGUUUCCUCUACUCUGCACCUCAGGAGUGGAGAUGAGCUCCACAGAGCCAAAACUGAGCAAGACUCAGGCAGCGGCGCUUGAGAAGUUCCGUGAGUCUGUGCAGGACCUGUUGCCAGGUCUACCCUACACUGAUGAUCACUACCUCCUCAAGUGGCUCAGAGGUAAGGACUCACCACCUUCUCACUUACUCACCCCUUUCUCAUCUCACAAUCUCACCACCUCCUCACCCAACAACUCACCUCCUACUGACCACCUCACUACUACCUCACCUCAUUUCCACGUGCACUUCACCACUUCCUCACCUCACCACCACUCACCAGCUCCUCACCGAGUCAUCCUCACCACCUCUUUACCUCCUCACCACCACCUCACCACCUGCUCACCAACUCCUCAACGUGUUUAUUCUUCUAGCCAGGAAUUUCAACUUGAAGAAUGCAGAGGCGAUGAUCCGCAGACACGCAGAGUUCCGGGUGCAGAUGGACGUGGAUUUUCUCGUCAAUAACUGGAAGCCGUCCGAGGUGGUGGAGAAGUACUUCUCUGGGGGGCUGUGUGGCUGGGACCGGGAGGGGUCCCCUCUGUGGUGGGAGGUGGUGGGGGACCUCGACCCCUCCGGUUUAAUGAGGUCCGAGCGGCCGGGGGUCUUCCUCCGCAGCAAGGUGCGGGAGCUAGAGCUCAUGCUGGCCGAGUGCCAGCGGCAGACUCACCUGCUGGGCAGACAGGUUGGCAGCAUGGUGCUCAUCGUAGACUUAAACAACCUGAGCCGCAGGCACCUGUGGAGACCGUUCCUGAACAGCAACCUGGAGGAGCUUCCUUCACGAGCCUCCUCCAUAGAGGCUGAUCUUGCCACUGCUGGUGCCGGUCUUCGGCAAGCCCACUCAACUCCACAUCCUCCUGUACUGCAUCAAUCUCUUCGAUAGCUCGUGCCGUGCCCAUUAA